UGGGAGGACACAGGGCAGUCACAUGACCGUCACGUGGCUUCUACGUCACCGUCCAGACCGCGAACUGCUGAGUUCUGUCCCAGACCGGUCACGUGUCCUGCUGCACCGAGCGACAAAAGUCCUGACAAGAUGUCCAGGAGGGCGGCAUCUGUGGACGAUGAGAACGAGGACAACGACAUCGAUCAGGACUUUGAGGUUGAGCAAGACGAUGGAAACCGGCGCCAGAUCCGACAUCAGUACCGGGAGCUUAUGCAAAGCAUGCACGAGAACAGAGAAGACAUGCUUAGCACCAGAAGUAACAAGCUCACAGAUACACUUCAGGCAGCCAACCAGCUCUUUUCAGAAGUCUCCAAGCCAAGAGAAGCCGCACUUGAUGCUCAGUUACUUGUUUUGGCAACAAAUCUUGGGAAGGAGAAGGCCAAUCAGCUCCAAGCAGACAUGACCGUCUUUGAACCAACAUCAUUUGCUGAGGACCUGCUUUCAUUUAUGGGCAUAAAUCGACUGGAAAAUCCAGACAGUGACAGUGAAGAGGAGGGUUGUGCCAAAGGUUAUCUUGGGGCAGAUGCCUGGAAAAAGCUGGGCACUGAAGCAGAUAAAUACUUUAAAAGAACACCUACAUUUCAUUUCAUGUUAGGCUCAUUUAAGACCGAACCUCCAGUUGUACGUCAAAAGACAGACCGUCAAAAAAGGACUAGUAAAGUGGCGGAGAAGUCUGUGAUGCCAGCGCAGUUGAAAAGAAUGGAAGAGUCUCACCAAGAAGCUACAGAGAAAGAAGUAGAAAGAAUUUUAGGAUUCCUGCAAAGUUACUUCAACGAGGAUCCGGAUACUCCUAUAUCCUUUUUUGAUUUUGUUGUUGAUCCAAAUUCUUUUCCUCGAACAGUUGAGAACAUCUUCCAUGUUUCCUUUAUAAUUCGGGAUGGCUUUGCAAGAAUAAAGCUUGAUCACGAUAAAUUGCCAGUAAUAGAGCCUAUAUCUCAGGACAGCGAGUCACAGAUUGACAAAGAUAACCAACCUCGAUAUCAAGGGGUCAUCUGUCUAAGUCACCAGGACUGGAGGGAAAUUGUUGAAUCAUUUGAGAUCACAGAACCUAUGAUACCACCACCACCAUGAACAACAAUACACUUUAGUUCUAUGGUUUUGGAAACAUCUGGUAUGCCUGAAUAUCAGUGUCAUUCUAUGCAUCUGUUUAUUAUGUAUAUAAUAAGUGGUAAAUAGUUUUAUGAUGUAAAUAGUUUGUACAUAUGUUUAAAAUAUUUUAUAGUAAAUAUUCUAUAAUCUUUAUAGGGUUAAAGGGCACCUGUCAGGUUUCUGGGGUCUCGCACACAGACCCUAAGACCUGACAGGACAUUCCAAUGCCGUACUCCUUAGGUCCCUGCGAUGCCACAAAGAGCUGAAAAUAAUGCCGCCCGUAAUGACUGGUUAUACAGUCAGUGAGCGGUUUCAGUCAGCCUGAUGAUCCCCUCCUACCCUGGCAGUGGUGAUUGACAGCCUGACCUAUCAGGUCCUAUGACCAGUGUGUGAGGCCCUAGGGACCUGGCAAGUUCCUUUUAAAGGAAAUGUCCUACUACUUAAAUGUCAUUCAAAUAAAAUAAAAAAUUGCAUAUGUAAAAUAGAUAAGAUUCGUAAUUUACUACCACUAGGGGUCUCCCUUCUGGUCCUGACUGCAUUCCGUCUGUUGAAAAGCACAGACUUUGGUCUCUUGCUGGACUUGCAGGAGACCAAAUCAGGAAGUGCUGUCUGGCCAUAGGCAGUGAAUAGCUUUCGAUAUCCCUGUUUCAUACACAGGCAGGGAGUGAGUGCUAUUCACUGCCUAUUGCCAGACCGCACUUCCUAAGUUUGGUUUCUUGCUAGAAGAACCAAGUUUGGGCUUUUGAGCAGAUGGAAUGUGGUCUGGACCAGAAGGGAGACCCCCCUAGUGGCCAGAUUUAUAAGGCCAUGAAAGUGACAUAAAAAUAUUGAAUUUUUUUUAAAGCAAGUAAAUUACACAUUUUAUUUUACCUACUCUAUCAUAUGCUAAAAAAUAAUUUUAAUGACCGUGCCCAUUUAAAGACUGAGGCUGGGUCUCUGUGCGGAUACCAAACCUUUAAAAUGUGCAGCAAUGUGUGGACUUGGCCUAAAUGUUUCUUGUUUUGGACAAAUUUUUAUUUUGCAUUUGCUGUAAUUUUGUUUUUCAUUUUUAGUUUUUCUAAAAAAAAAAAAAAACUUUGUAUUUUGAUAUAUAAAAUUCUAAUAAAUAAGUUUUCUUAAAA